AUGGCCGGCCAGGACACACCUGUCUUGAGCCGCUUCCUGGUGGGAAUUGCAGACAUCGUCAAAGAACGCGACGGCGCCAGGCUUCAAGAUUUCCUGCAGAUCGAACCUCCACUGUCCGAUGUGUACCGUCAAAUGGUGGACGAGUUGCGACAACACUAUCCCAAUGGAUCACAAAAGGAGUCGGAGUUGUUGCGGCGAUGCGAAAGUCUCGUGCCGCGUACCAAAGGAGGCAGUUCGUGGGCGGCCUUUUCGACCUUCAUGAAGCUGUACUUUAGCUUCCUCCGCGAUGUCAAUGUCGACAAUCUGCUUGAUACGUAUAAUCUCCUCAAGGGACUUCUCAACCAAUGCGUGCUAGCUCUAGGAGACAGCCAAAUGGGCGUGAUAGUGCUGCAAACCGUCCUUUAUUUAUCCAAGGUCCUUGCAAAGCUUGCAAUGGGCCUCGACCGCCGUCCCGAGUUGAUCGCACAACUGCUAAGAUUAGAGGGCCGUUCGAACCAGGAAGACAGUUUUGAGAAAGUGACCUUGGUCGAACAAUCCGCCAACGUUGUUCGUGAAGCUUUCAUCAAAUGCCUUACAGAUCGAAGCGGUACCCCAGGAAUCCACGGGAAACCCGAGGGCAAGCGGGUGGGAAUCUAUCUCAUGGCCAAUCUAUGCCUGAAACUACUAUUCCAGUGCGGUAAACUGCGCAACGCCGAACAGAUGUUUGCCAGUAUCAGCGCCCAGUCACCACCUUUGAAGCACUUCCCGGCCUCCCAGCGAGUCACUUACCUGUACUAUCUCGGGCGUUAUCUCUUCUCAAACAACCUCUUCUAUCCCGCCCAAAUUGCCCUGCAGGCUGCCUACGCUCAGUGCCAUCGCCAGGCCUUGAACCAGAAACGGAUGAUUCUUACAUAUCUUAUCCCAUGUAAUAUCAUCAUGGGCCGAUUCCCUUCCAUGCAGCUACUGCAGAGACCUGAAUGUGAAGGUCUUACCGAACGAUUUAUCCCAAUUUGCCAGUUGAUCGCCCGCGGAGAUUACAUUGCCUUCCGAGAACAUCUUGCGGUGGACUCGCCAGCGACUGAAUGGUACGCGAGACGAGGUAUCUUGCUUCCUUUGCGGAAUCGCUGUGAGAUCUUGGUCUGGCGGUCACUUGCACGGAAGGUUUUCAUCCAUGGUGGAUUUCAUGGCGAUCCUCAAGGGCAGGCCCAGCGCGGACCGCCCCCUUUCCUCUAUUUGACCAAAUUAGAAGCAGCGGUGCGCUGGCUUCAAUCGCAACAUGCCAAACCACCCCUUGGUGGUAUUGGUGUCAUCCAACCUAGCAAGGCCCGCGAUGCAAGGGCCGGAGGCAAUCGCAUCGGCUCGCAAAUUGUAUGCAAGCUCCCAGAUCCCGAUUUUGCUGGCGUCAGUGGCAUUGAUGCCCAUCUGCCGGAAUUCAAUGGUGCUUUGCAAUCCAAAUAUGGAGAUUACCUCGGCCCAGAUGGUUACUUUGACGCCAUGGGGCAAUGGCAAGACAACCCAACGGGCUCCCUUGUUGAUGGAGAAAUAAUCGCGGAUUACAGUCAUUACGAGCUGGAUCCGUACGCAAAUCGUGCCGAUAUGGAAUACGAUCAAAGUCACGAGAAGCCCUCUUCUAUGAUGCGGGAGCUUGAAUCCAUUCUUGCUUCACUUUUGACCCAAGGACUCAUGCGCGGUUAUCUUACGCACCGAAAUCCCCGUUUCGCAAUCCCCGGAGCACGUCUUCGUGGUGCCUUGCCUACUGGUUUCCCUAACGUGUGGCAAAUCAUUUCCGCGCGGGAAGGUGAGGAUGAUAGUGUUCCUGGAUGGGUGCAACCUCCAGCGCAGAUGCCGAACGCAUUUCCUGCCGCUGCUGGCGCUGCUGGCGCUGCUGGUGGAGGAAGAGUCGUGAACUUAUCCGGAGCACGCCCUGUUGGGGUUCAAUAA